AUGGAAAUGGAUCUCCUACUACACCGCGAUAGCUUUGCUGUUGAAGCUGAAACGCCUACUUCUAUAGAUAUAGACGACCAUGGCAUGACUACAAAUAACGGAGUAGGAAUCCAGCAUGAUAUUAUAGAGGCCGAAAAGACUGACGGUACUUGUAUUGCUGACGAAUCAAGUGUGCUAAAAAACCUUACAGCAGAUGUGCGAGAUCAAGAUGAUCUUGAGAGAGAUAUCUCCAAUCAGGCAUCUCGGCUCAUUAUGGAGCAAGAAAACGAUCGCGACCAAAAGCGAAUUGACAAGGCUCAAAUUAAACUUGAGAAACUUUUAACUCAAGAAAAUUCACUAAAGCGUCGCCUUGAUGCGACAGCUAAUAACCUUAUCGCGCGAAACCGGUGCCUCCAAGAGCUCGAGAAGAUCAAGAUUGAAGUUAAUCUACAUAAAAAAGAUAUUGAAGAAAUCCAAUCCAGAAUUGAGCAAAGGCAUUGUGAUGAUUCACAGCCUGAGAAUAUAAGCACUGACUCAUGCAAUAUAAUGCCAAAUGAAACCCGAAAAGACUUUCUUAUUCGGACCGGAAAAAUAACUCCCUUUUCACAAAUCCAGGACCAAGAGCUAGAUGAUGCAGAUGGAUCCUAUACUAAAGCUACAACAAAUGAGCAUAUAGAGGCUAAUCAUCAAACUUCCUGCGAUCCUAAAGAACCAAGAUCUCAUCAGCACUUGCGACUACCAGGGUUUAUUGAAGCAGACGUCGAAGAUGAGUAUUCCCUGAGACCAAGAAAGAAGAGGAAGCUGGACGAGACUAAAAACAUGUCAAAUUCAAUGGCCAAAUCAAGCUCAAAUAAUGAUGAUUUAAUUAAAGACUCCUUUAAUGUCCACAGCUCAAGCGAUAGUCAAUAUAAUCAACGGAAUAAUUCUCAGAUGUCAAAGAAGCGGACAGCCCAGGAGUCAAAUUUGUAUGAUAACACAGACCUUACGGGAAUUGAUGAUGGAAAUGAAUCCAUGUAUCAAAAAAGAUUAGAGAUUUGGGUCGAGAAGAGGAGUAAAGCAAGAUUGCAAAAUAAGGAAUCUGGUGAAAAUAAUACACGAGAAAAGAACAAAAACAAUUUAAGCGAGGAGGAAUGGUUCAAACCGUGUCCAGAUGUACCUGAUUAUAAUUUUGGGAAUGGCCUAUCUCUCCCUGGUGAUAUACAUCCGGCUCUAUUUGAAUAUCAGAAGACCGGUGUACAAUGGCUAGGAGAACUUUACAACCAACAGGUCGGAGGUAUCAUUGGUGACGAGAUGGGGCUUGGGAAAACUAUACAGACAAUAUCCUUUUUGGCUGGCUUACACUACAGUAAAAAGUUAUCGAAGCCAAUAAUUGUUGUCGCUCCAGCUACAGUCCUGCGACAAUGGGUUAACGAAUUUCAUAAAUGGUGGCCACCCAUGCGUGUUUCUAUCCUUCAUAGCUCAGGAAGUGGUAUGGUAAAUAUACGAAAUGAGAAUAUAAGUGAUGAUGAGGAAGAAUUUAAUCGGACCAGGAAAAAAUCACCCAAGAAAGUUCAAAAAAUAGUCCAUCGUGUCAUUCAGCAUGGUCACGUUCUCGUCACAACAUAUGCUGGUCUUCAGACUUAUGCAGAUGUUUUAAUACCAGUGAACUGGGGGUAUGCUGUCCUAGACGAAGGGCACAAAAUUCGAAAUCCAAAUACAGCUAUUACAAUUUAUUGCAAGGAACUAAAAACUCCGCAUCGAAUAAUACUCUCCGGAACUCCCAUGCAAAAUAAUCUGAUUGAACUUUGGUCCCUAUUUGACUUUGUAUUCCCCAUGCGUCUUGGCACACUUAUCGAUUUUCGACAAACCUUUGAAACACCAAUCAAGCAGGGUGGCUACGCUAAUUCGACCAAUUUACAAGUCUUGGCUGCUACUAAAUGUGCAGAAACUUUAAAGGCUACAAUAAGUCCUUAUCUUUUGCAACGCUUAAAAGUUGAUGUUGCUUCCGACCUACCCAAGAAAACCGAGCAGGUAUUACUUGUAAAGCUUACAAAAAUUCAGAGAAGUGCUUACGAAACAUUUUUAGCCUCAGAAGAAAUGGCUUCCAUCAUGAAUCGUACACGUCAAUCCUUGUAUGGAAUUGAUAUAUUGAAGAAGAUCUGCAAUCAUCCAGAUCUUUUGGAUCCUCACUUGAAAGUGAAGUCUGGGUACAAAUGGGCUAAUCCAAAUAAGUCAGGGAAAAUGAAAAUCGUCGAAUCACUUCUAAGUCUCUGGAAAAAAUUUGGCCAUAAGACUCUAUUAUUCUGCCAGGGUGUACAGAUGCUUGACAUUCUGGAAGACCUUAUCAAAGAUAAUUGUAACUAUAACUACCUCAGGAUGGAUGGCAGUACAAACAUCAAAGAUAGACAAACAUUGGUUGAUCAGUUUAAUUCAGACCCUAAUCUACACGUUUUUCUUCUGACAACAAAAGUUGGCGGCCUAGGAGUUAACCUCACAGGCGCUAAUAGAGUAAUUAUCUUCGAUCCAGAUUGGAAUCCAUCAACCGAUGUUCAAGCUCGUGAACGUGCGUGGAGGUUGGGUCAAAAGAAAGAAGUAACCAUCUAUCGACUUAUCACAGCUGGUACAAUUGAGGAAAAGAUGUAUCAUCGGCAGAUUUUUAAGCAGUUUUUGACGAACAAAGUGCUAAAAGAUCCGAAGCAACGCCAGACAUUUCAGAUGAAAGACCUUUACGAUCUUUUCUCGCUAGCUGAUAAUGAUGGUGGGACUACGGAAACUGGAGUGAUGUUUGAAGGUGCUGAAGUUCAGUAUCAGACUACUCCUACAAGACCUGAUCAUGUGCAUUACGACCAUGACCCUACUCUAGAGAGAAUCGAGGAGUAUGGACAGGGUGACUUAAAACCUGAGGUUUGUAAUUUAGAUGGCGUAGCUGGUCUUGAAACGUACCGUGGUAAUAGCCAAGAAGAAAUACCAAAGUCUCAGGAAGCUCGACUAAUGGAGGGAAUAUUUGCUGGCUCUGGCGUCCAAGGUGCACUUGAGCAUGAUCAAAUUAUUAAUGGCAAAAAGAAAAUAACAGCCGAUCGUGGUAUUAUUGAGAGAGAAGCUAAGAAAAUUGCUGCAUUAGCAGCAGCUCAAUUGCGUAAGGCUGGUGAAGUGGCUCGCGAGCUUACACCUGGAACCGUUACCUGGACUGGAGAGCAUGGAUCAGCUGGAAGACCUGCUAAUUUCCGGUAUGCUCGCGCCCUUCACUCAGAUGGCUUUACUGGUCUUGCAAAUCACCAACAUCUUCUUGACAGAAACAGCUUGUCUGAGGCUAGUCCACUGGCAUCUACGCGGCCUGCUAGUAACAGAGACUUUGUUCGCCUGAUCCAAUGUUUUAUUCGUAGAAAAGGUGGAUCUGUACCAUCACAAGCUUUAGUAAAUCAUUUCAAUCGUAUGUGCCAGACUCCUGAGCAAACGGAUGAGUUUAAACUCAAGUUGAGGGAGAUUGCCCGGCUUGAAGUUGAUAAGCGGAACGGAGCACGAGGUAUAUGGUUCCUUAAAGAUGAAUAUAAAUAA